GCAUGUGUUUUAAGAGUUCAGAGGAAGCUAGGUCGAAAAUAAGGGUAGACAAAUGUAUUCCGAGAUUUAGAAUUAAAAAUAGCCAAUGAAGAGUGUUAUUAUGUUACAUGAUAGUUUAAAUCUAGUUUUUGUUAUUUAAUACGUAUUUUAACGGUAGAACCUGAAAAAAGAAUGUGAAACUUUAUGCUUAGCAUACAGACUAGUCAAUAACCUUAGUCGAUGUAACAGCCGUAACGUUUUUUUCUUUUGAGUAAAGAGUCGUAUUUUUCGUAGUCAUUGCCUUUAUUAUUUUAUUUUUUUUUACUAAAACUUACAGACACUGUGAACUUAUGACAUUUCAAAGACGUUCAGAUUGUAGCUGCAAAUGGGCGGUAUAGGUGGUAAUUUUUACCCCAGCAUGUUGAAUGGGACUGAAACGCAAAGUUUUGAGAAAGACGCUGAUAUUAACAACCACGUUUACCGCACCAAGGAUUUAACUGACCUUAAAAUGGGAAUCCAAGAUACCAGAUUUUAUUAUCAAGACCCUAUCCAAAACAGCCCGGACAAUCUGCCUCUCCCGUACCAUGCGGGUCAGGCUGUGGCCGGAUUCGAAGCACAGACCGGGAGGUAUUACCCUCAUACGCCGCUCACUAGCUGUCCUUUCAAUACCAUGCGAUCCCAGGGGAGGAACGGCCCGGGACAGGGCUGUGCACCGGCAGGAGGGGACGGUUUUGCGACGACGGCCAAAGACGUUUACCAGGCUGGUGGAGAGAGUUACACUUCGCCCUUCCAGCACCCGUAUCCGCGACCAGCCCUAUAUCCUUUACCUGGGCUACAGGUGUGCGGAAAGACGCAAGCUCUUCUGAACAACUUCCCACUUUGGGCCAAGUUCCACAAAUAUCAAACCGAAAUGAUCAUUACCAAACAGGGACGGAGAAUGUUCCCCUAUCUGAGCUUCAACAUUAGCUCUUUGGAUCCAUCUGCUCACUACAAUGUGUACGUGGAUGUGGUUCUGGCUGACCAGCACCACUGGAGAUACCAGGGUGGGAAGUGGGUGCAGUGCGGAAAGGCUGAAGGAAACAUGCCAGGUAACAGGAUGUAUAUGCAUCCUGACUCACCCAACACUGGGGCUCACUGGAUGAGGCAGGAAGUAUCUUUUGGCAAACUGAAGCUCACCAACAACAAAGGAAGCUCCAACAAUGUGGCACAGAUGAUUGUGCUGCAGUCUCUACAUAAAUAUCAACCCCGACUGCACAUUGUGGAAGUAAAGGAGGACGGCUCUGAUGAUCCCUUCGUGACUUCCAAGACCCUGACCUUCGUCUUUCCUGAGACACAGUUCAUAGCUGUCACCGCCUACCAGAAUGCAGACAUCACUCAGUUAAAAAUAGACCACAACCCCUUUGCCAAAGGUUUCCGGGACAAUUAUGACGCGCUAUAUGCACCUCCCGACACGGAACGGCUAACCCCCUCCCCCUCGGAGAGCCAGCAGCUUCUCCCUGGCAGCUGUUACCACCAGCCCUACCUUCCCGACCAGUACAUGGGUGCCCUGCCCCAGAGCCGCUUCUUUAACAGAGAGCGCAUGACCAUAGGCCAGCAGCCCAAGGACGCCAGUAACGGCCCCCAUAGUCACUGGUAUCUCCCCAGCCAGCAGGGGACGGGCUCCAGCCGGCUAGACUUCAACUCAUACGAAGGAGACUACUCUGGUAGUGGCUUCUACAAACCCUUCUCCCUCCAGGGGCCAGCGCACUCUCAUCUGGGGUACUAUCCGGACCACCCCUUCACCUCUGGCAGCAUCAGCACAGCUACUCCUGGGGUCUGGAAUACAGGCCGACCCUCGCCACAGUACCUGAACCACUCCCUGCCCAGUAAGCCCACUCCAGGCCUCGGUUGGUAUUGUCCCAUGCCGUCGUCUUCCUCCGAUCACCGGCUGCAUACCCCGUCUCUCCUUGAGCCGCCGCUGCCCCCACCUUUGCUGCAGGACAAACCUAAGGAGCCGGGAGACGACGCCUGGCUGGAGCCCGCCUCUGUCAAGUCGGUGGACUCAGCCGACUCGGGCCUCUACGAGAGCAUGGAGAGCAAGAAGAGGAGGGUGUCACCCUAUGCCUCCAGCACUGAGAGCUCCCCCCCCAACCGCAACACUGAGUCCAACGAGAAGGACAACAGCAGCGAUGCCGGCUACUAUGGCUUCUACAACAACUGAAAAAAACAAUCCACACCCCAGGCCAAAAAAAAAAACAUCAUUUGUUACCCACUUGCAUACGCAUCCAUUCAACCCAAAAGUAGCUGUUCCUAGAAGGUUGUGUGAAGGUAAAGAGACUUGAGAUGAGAUGACUCUGGAAGGGUGCAAGGCUGGGGGGUUUCUGUAGUAAAUCCUGGAUUGGAGCAGACCUAUGAAGGAACCGUACCUGCUUUGAGGGUAUAUCCUUAUGUUGCUACCAUGAAAGCAAGAUCAAAGUCAGACCAGCAGUGCAUUACACAUAAGCUAGACUAGUCAAGAUACCUCAGUCGGUCUGUUCAUUCAGGUUCUCACACUGGAUCGUUUCCCAAAAAUAAAUAACAUAGAAGUACUUGUUGCAGUGAGAUGCGCUCAAUAGGUACCUUUAAGUAUAAUUGUUUGUAGGGAGAACGGCUUAAAAUCGGGGCGGGGGUCUUUGAAAACAUCCAGGCCUUUGUGAUGCAAAGUAUAUGUUGCUGCCCUAUGAACAUGCAAAUGAAGUGGUUUUUGAGUUCAGCACUGAUGACCAUUAGCAGACUGUUUUACCAGUUCUGUAGCCUAAGCAUUGUUCCUCAGUUACCCAGGUCCAUGCAUGCAACUGGGACCAUUGCCUGACCUUGUAGUGUUGUACAGGUUUGGGCCUAGGAGAUAACUGAUCCUAGAAUGAGCAUGUCCCUUAUAAACUCAUCCUGGAUUUAGCUUCUAAUACUGUGUUUAUUUUCAGUGUCCAACAGCACCACAUGGUGGUAAAACACAGAAAUUGCAAAGCAAGAGAGGUACAGAACACAACGGUAGAAGAUCAUCUCUUAAGAGACCAUUAGUAAAACACAAGUGUCAUGAUUUUGUCCAGUUUUUUUUUUGUCUUCUAGAAUAAAAUCCUACCAUGCAGAGCCUCCACAGACAUUAGUAAAAUGGAUUACAAAGUUUUGUAUUUAGCUAAUUAUUAAAUCUCUGUAAAAUCCCUCCAUAUAUAUAUAUUCCAUAUUACUGUAUCACACACAGCAAGUUAUAGAAGCAAAAUGUUAAAGGCAAUAAAGCUCCUCAGUGUAAUCUAUGUGAAGGGUAAAUGUUUUAGACACCUUGUUUAGAGUAUCAGUGAUCAAACUGAAGAGUCUCUUCCAGUGCAAACAGUGGCUCUACAAAAUGAGACAUGAUCUAAACCUCCAAAUAUUUCACCUUCACAGGUUCUGAUGUUCUCCCCACAGCAGAAGUAGGGAGAACUUUCCAUUCCUACACUAGGGUUGUUAUCCCCUGCUUCCGGAACAGUGGCCUGUACUACGAAGCGGGGUUACUGGCUUAUCGGGGUAACUUGUCAGAUUUAAGGUAGUCUGGGCAAAAUGUAAGUGAACAAAUAUGAAGUCCAUUUAAACUGUGGUACCUUAAAUCCGACAAGUUACCCCGAUAAGCCAGUAACCCCGCUUCAUAGUACAGGCCACAGGUCUUAGUGCCCCUGCCGCAACUGCAAUUAUCAGAUGUAAUUGGAUAGCAUGUGGGCCGCAGAUGCAAAGCUCUUGAUCCCAUCCUCUGUGUGUCCUCCAGUGAACUCUGCCUUUUAUGAAAGGAACAUGUGCUCCCUCUCACACUCACAUACACAAGAGCUGCGGCUCUGGGGGGCCUCUGAUGGCCAUGCCGAUACAGUCCAAUGAGAAAGACUCAGAAUUAAAGUGAAGCAUGUUAUAUGGAUCUUGACAGAUUGUGCGAAAGUCACAUUUACUGCAGACUGAGGAAGGAUGAGAUGUUCAGACACACUGGAAGUGGUAUAGCAAAGACAGAGGUGAUGGUCUUAGUAUUAUAGUGCAGGGAUGGAACGUUCAGGUCCAGAAAGUACAAAUCCAGAGCAAGGUUUUGUUUCUUUCCAUCUCUGCUAUAGUGUAUGCUGCCUUUAAAUUAAUUCUUCUUCAAAAUAAAUAUUCUGGUUUUAUUGUAAUGAUUUUUUUUUAUUUGAACUUCAUACUUUCAGUCUAGCUAGUAAAUAGCAACUUACCCCUUUCACUUGAAAAAAAAUCCCAACAUUCAAGUAGCUAACAAUUAAGAAAGAGUGCAGCAACAAUCCCCCAAAUACAUAUUCCAUUUGCUUAGGAUACAUUCAGAGAUUGCGCAAAGAUAGGAUGCUGGGGCUAGUUCAUGGUAAAUGGAGAACAGUGUAGGACUGCCCACAGAAAGUCUGCGUUAGAAAGGGGAGUGUUGUCCAGUAAAUUGUUCUUCAGUCUUAAAAGAUAGGAUUUAAAAUGUUGGCAAGAAAAUGUAUGUUAAAAUGAGCCAGUCAUUUGCGGAGAUGAUGUUGUCAGUACAGUGACAGUACAGUGAGUUUUGCCAGCCAGAUCAUGAGCGGAGCACAGAGACAUUAAACAAAGGGCAUCUGUGCCUGCAGCUUAGAUUUAGGCAGCUUAGCUCAAAGACAGUCUGUCACAGAAGGAUGCUGGGCAGAUUUGCUUAAGGAGACAACCUUGGUUCUCAAAUAGAGACAAUCGCAAAGAAUGAUGAGAUGGUGUGCUGUACAAGACCCCAGGAAUAUUACAUUUGCUUGUGCAUCAGAACAAUGACUCAUUAAUCUCGAACAUAGAUUCAUGUAAAAUAAAUCUGUUGAAAAAUUCUUUCAUUUGUAGUCCAAAUAGUAGAAUCAAUGUCUGUUUUCCCAGUGAAUGCACUUGUUAAUCGAAUUGCCCCAUAUUGCAAAAUUUGCCUUAUCUCUCUAAAAGUUGUUCUGACAUCCUGGAAACUUUGUAAAUAGCAUAUUAGACUUGUUGUGUCAGGGUAAAGCCCUUCUGCCGCUGUGAUCAUUUCAGCAUUAUUUUCAAGUUUGUCCUUAAGGGAGGGAAACUGGAAUUAUAAACCUGGGACUUGCUCUGUGGAUUUGUUGUGCUUUGUUGCCAUCUAGUGUUAUGAACAAGUGCCUUGGACAAUUUUGCAAGUCAUUGUUGAUUACUGGAAAUGGGUCUUAAUAGUUGCAUUUGGGAUAACACAAGGUUCAGUUAGAAACUGACAUAAUGAAUAAAUAAAUUACAAAUCCUCUUCUAAAAACAAAUUCUUUAUGCACAAAAAAAUGGGAAAUACAAAAGCUGCAAUAGGUGAGAUUGCCAUGGGCGGCCUUUAAUGCAAAAAGCUAGAACGGUGAGUAAUAGAUAGCUUGUGAUAACUGGCUUUUGAAGUCCUACUUCUCCCAUUGUUACAACUUACUAAUAGCUAAAACUAUAUCCGAAUUUUCAUGUGGAAUUAAAGUUAAAUCUGUCAUUGAUAUGCCUUUGAUGGCUAGGACAUCAGUUCAAAUCCCAGGGUUGACAGAGUGAUCUCACAGAUGGGCCCUUAACCCCCAGCUGCUUCAGGGAUUGUCUGACCCUCUUUUUCCGUAAAAUUGUACAUUGCUUUGGAUAAUAGCUGCUAAAUAAAUUAAAAAAUUUAAAAUAUAUAUAUAUACUUUUUGUGUUGGACUUUAAAAACGAAAUUUUAUAUCAAAAAUUGACAUACACUGGCAAAAUGUUCAAGAACUGUAUUUGGCUAAAAUGAUGAUGUAUUGGGUGGCAGCCAUGUAGUGUCGCGGCUCUAAGGUUUGGGGUUCAAAUCUUUCCCUCACUGUGCCGGUUAUGAGUUAUACCCCUGGUAAGCACUCCUGAAUUCCAAAGAAAGCUGACUCUAUUGCCUGUACUAUGUGUUCCUUGUGAUGGACUGGCAUCCCAUCCAGGGUGUCCCCUGCCUUGUGCCUUGUCCUGUCUGGGAUAGGCUCCAGACUCUCACCAUGUGACCUGGUACUAUUGGAUGGUUGAAUGGAUGGUAAAAUGAGAAUUCAUGUCGUAUUGUCUCUGCUUAGGAAGACCCACAAUGUUUUUUUUUUUUUGAAAGAUGGGUUCUAACAGUCCUAAUAAGUUGUUUGUCUUACACUCCCAAAGACAUGCAGUAUUUAACUCAAUCUAGCUGGAUUUGACAAUAUUUUUUAAGAUUUCAUAUAUGGAUAACAGUAGUUGAUUUUUACAAAUAAACUAAAGUGAUCAUGCUAAGAAAUCUUGGGAUUCUAGAGAAGACCGGAUUUAUGAUAUUUUUCUUCUUAUGUUCCGUCUGCACUAUCUGUUUAUGGAAUUAUAAACCUGUUUUCCAUUCUAUGGAUACACUUUAGAAUUGUUUUUGGAUAAAAUGUCUUUUUGAAGCUUAUGGAGAAAGCGUUUCAGAUAUUAGUGACCACAGUAUAAUACAUGUAAAUAUGAAGAAUUUAAAUACAGUAUGUUCUCAUAAUGAAAAAUUAGCUCUAUCUGACAAUUUGUCAAUGAGGAAAAACAUUUAUUUAUUCAAAGCUGACCUUACCUGGUGUAUUGUAAUGAUUUUCUUUUUUUAUUCAGAAUAAAUGUUCAAAUACCAGGAAA